AUGGAUUUUUUAUUAGGGGUAGGAGUCUGCCUUUACAAUUCCAUUUUGUCACAGGGUUCAUUGGAAAGGGCGUUGGCCAAUCAUCUUUCAAUGAAAUUAAGCAAUUCUAGUCUUCCUAGUGGUACUUUAUUUGAUGUUUUCCAAGGUGUUGUUGUAGAGGAUGAAAUUAUGAUUGCUGUGAUGGAUGACCUUAGAGCUGUGAAAGAGAGAGACCCAGCUUGUGUGAGCUAUGUGCAUUGUUUCUUGAACUUUAAGGGGUUUCUCGCUUGUCAGGUGCAUAGGGUGGCACAUAAGUUGUGGUCACAAGGUAGAAAGGCGUUGGCUUUGUUGAUUCAGAAUAGGGUGUCUGAGGUUUUUGAGGUGGAUAUUCAGCCAGGUGCAAAGAUUGGACGCGGGAUAUUGUUUGAUCAUGCAACUGGUGUUGUGAUUGGUGAGACUGCUGUGAUAGGGAACGAUGUGUCAAUCUUGCAUAAUGUGACAUUAGGAGGGACUGGGAAGGCGUGUGGGGAUAGGCACCCAAAGAUUGGAGAUGGAGUGUUGAUAGGUGCAGGGACUUGUAUUUUGGGGAAUAUUGGGAUUGGGGAUGGGGCUAAGAUUGGAGCUGGGUCUGUUGUGCUAAAGGAUUACAUAUUUGGGGAUGGGGCUAGGAUUACAUAUUUGCAUUUAAUCUCUGUUUUGUAUGUUGCUGAUCUCUAUUUCUAUGCUUGUGGCAGUCAUUUUAUUACUGAUAUAACUGAAGAUGAUUACUACAUUGAUGCACCAAAAGGGAGUGCUGUAAUUGUUUAG